UAAGUUUGCGCUUGGCGGGAAGUCGAUUUCUCGCAGCGGUACUUUGUAAAACAGCGGACUGAUCGCGUACUGCCCGCGUCUCGGAAUAGCGGAUGCUGAAGGGAUAAUUAGAUUAAUUCAACAAAACACCGACUGACACAUUCGGCAUGAUUGGGCAGAAAACUCUCCCCUCUUUCUUUUCUUUGCUUUCUAAAAAGAGGCCUGCAGAUGGGAGCAACGAAACAAAUGGGGACAUCCAGUCAAAGGAUCACGUGUCGUCGCUGAAAAAAUUGAAGUCUACCAGCGAUGGUGCAGUACCUUCGCAGCUCAGUUCGGAACAGCUGGACCGGAUACAGAAAAACAAACGUGCGGCAUUGGAGAGACUAUGUGCCCGAAAUGUACCCGAAGGAUUUGGAGAUAGCUGGCGUGAUGCGCUAAUUGCAGAGUUUGGAAAGCCAUAUUUCAUAAAGCUUAUGUCUUAUGUGGCGGAGGAGAGGAGACGACGGUACACGAUCUACCCGCCCCCAAAUCAAGUGUAUUCAUGGACGCAGAUGUGCACCAUUCAUGAAGUUAAGGUUGUGAUUCUUGGCCAGGACCCAUACCACGGGCCCGGCCAGGCGCAUGGGCUGAGCUUCAGUGUUCAGAGGCCGGUUAUGCCUCCUCCCAGCUUGGAGAACAUGUACAAAGAGCUGUCUACUGAUAUAGAAGGAUUCCAGCACCCUGGGCACGGGGAUCUCACAGGAUGGGCCAAACAGGGAGUCCUGCUGCUCAAUGCUGUUCUGACGGUGCGAGGGCACCAGGCCAACUCCCACCGGGACCAGGGCUGGGAGACCUUCACAGAUGCUGUGGUGCUGUGGCUGAACGCGCACCUGAGCGGCCUGGUGUUCAUGCUGUGGGGGGUCUACGCCCAGCGGAAGGGUGACGUCAUCGACAGGAAACGACACCACGUCCUGCAGACAGCCCACCCCUCCCCCCUGUCGGCACACCGUGGCUUCUUCGGCUGUCGACACUUCUCAAAGACCAAUCAGCUGCUGCAGGGAUCGGGGAAGAAGACCAUCGAUUGGACGGCGCUCUGAGUGCAGCCCGUUAGGGUGCUCGGUCGGUUCAGUUUUUUUGGGUACCGUUGUGAAGUUUUAAAUUUGAGAAAAGCAUGUUCUUAAGUGAAAUCAAUAGUGAAGCUACAAAUAUUACAACCUUAGAAGUUCUCUAUAUUUGUUUUGUAAGUUUCCAUGUGGUAAGAAGUACCAUUAGAUGCAAGACGAGUACCGUUUACCGCGUUUAGCUCACUCAUGUCCAGUAAUUGGAUGAACCUGGUUUGUCUUUGUUUGAGUCUGUAAUUCUAGAAAUGUGUGGAUGUAUUUUGGCUGUAAAUAUUUUUUUGUUUUAUACCGGUUUGAAUAUAAAAUUUGAAAAUCGAA